GAGUUGGGAAGCUAAACAGACCGAAGCGGCAUGACAUGCGCACCCUUUCUGCCCCUGGCCUUCCCGGCCUGCCUCUAUUGCCCUCGCGGAAGAAUGAUGUGCCAGUGAGUGCAUCUGAGUUACGAGAGCUCCUGAGCUGGACCCUGAAUCCACCGGACGCGGAUAGCUGGGAGAAGGAGACCAUCUCUGACCUCACGGUGUACCGGCUGACCGAGACGGACGAGGCAAGGCCAGGACUUCCGGUGGAACGUGCGCGCUGCGAAGUCACCCUGGAUGCGCCCAUUGAAGCGGUGUAUGCAUUGGUAGACGACCCACUGCAGCGUGCCAAGUGGGAUGAUGUUGUCGGGCAAAGCAUGAAGAAGUACAAGUCGCAGGGCCACAGUUUUGUGUCCUUCAGACUUGAAGGCCUCAUGGGUUUGGCUGCAGAAGAUUUCCUGUUGUGGGAUGCGCAGCAAGCGUAUGAUAGGAAUCUUGUUGAAUGUGAAGCAAAUGCACUGUGGAGCUAUGUUAUUUUGUGGCAACCCGCAGCUGUUUCACGGGAAGGCUUGCCACCCCAUGAAGGCUGUUUCAAGCCGGCUGCGUUUGGAACAGGCAUGGUUCGAGACAGUCGACAGCCGAAGAGCAAGACAAAAGUUGUGGCCAUGGCCCGCGUGCAAUUAUCUAGUAGCAUGCUUCAGUACUUUCUCCCAUCCCUCAUGCGAAGCAUGCUGUCUUCUCAGUCGCAGCGGCUGUUGGACAGGAUCGGAGAGCUGAAUGCCAAUGUGGGCGAACGCAAAGCUGUGCAAGAACUCGGCGUCCGAGGUUUGCAAAAAAUCUCGUCUGGGCCAACAUCAUCAACAUCCGUAUCAUCCGUUUCGAUGCUACAAAAGUCCCGCGCAGACAAAGUCGAUGCGUUUCUUCUGGAUAUGCCCGGAGGGCCCCAAGAGGCUCCAGCUGAGGCUGGUGGCACUAAACCACUUCCGCCCCUGUCCGCCUCGGAGGCUGCGACCCCUGCUGAUUUUCCAAUGGCUUCAGCUAGCCGCACUUCGGUGACGCACAUGCCACAAGCAGGUUUGAAGCUGGACGCCCAACAGCCAGAGACGAGUGCAAUCACAGAAAUGGACAUAGGACCGAAGCGCAGCUCAGACACGUCCUUCUUCUCUGCAAGGUCCACUACGCCUGCAGAGCAACCUGACCAACCUGAGCAACCCAAGCAGCCAGAGCAACCAGAGCGAGAGAGCUUCGUUCGCGUUGGCCCUUUGGGUUUUUCUAGGCCCUUCCGGCGAAAACUGGAACUUCCCAGCGGUCUUCAGGAUGAAGCAACGAAGCUCGGUGUCAGCAUGACCUUGGGCCUUGGCACCUUGAAACAAGGUGAGGGUGGUCCAUGUGCCACAUCGAGUGCAUCAGUCGGAGUCGAAAGCGACGAAUCCUUGCGACUGCGCCUUGGGAAGAUGCAGUCGAAGUGGCUUCAAGAUGUCAGUGAGGUUAAGGUGAGUGAUGUCCAGGAUCCGAAAGUCCCAAAGAACGAACUGAAAAAGCUGCGUGGCACCAACGGCUGGCUGCUCCAACUGAUGAGGGAAGCGAGUGAUGCCGAGUUCUUACCGCCUCCUUGGCGACCGAAGACCGGUCCGGGGGACACUGAAGUGGCAGAGGAAUUGCCGCCGAUUGACUGAGAGGUGGCCCAACUGCUCCACAAACUGCUCCAAAACGGGACAGUUUUAAAAUUUUAAGGUACUUGGGGCAUGUCAGAACCUAUGUUAUUUUCCUCGCUGCCCAUGUUGAUUUGUUCAUGUAUUUCAUGUGGUAGCUGUCCCGCUCGAUUCCUUUGUGUCCUUUCGCGAAAGCAUCUCUAGCGUUCUUCAGUAAAA